AUGCUGAAGUCUACGUACAAGCCCUCGUCCGCUCUUCCACCGCCGCUCCCACCCGGGUGGUCAGAACACAAAGCUCCCACGGGCCAUACCUACUACUACAACGAUUCCACCAAAGAGUCCACCUACCACCGUCCUGGCGCCCAAGUGCCGCCGACAUCACAACCGCCGCAGCCAUCGAACCCCCACGCGAGCUUUUCCCAGUACUCCUCCGUACCGAAGCUAUCCGAUCCCGCCGCCGCCAACGCCUUCCUCGCCCAGUACGACCCUGCGCGCCAACGACCGGCGCAAUCCUUUGGUCAGCAUGGUCGAGGUGGCUACCGUGGCCCCGGCGACGGUAGAGACAGACCACGCCCCCAGCCGGUCGACAAGCCCAAGUCCAAGGUGCCUAUCCCUGGGUGCGAGCCCUGGAUACUGGUGUAUACGAAGUAUGGCCGCCGCUUUGCCUACAACCCGGCCAAGAAUGCCAGCUACUGGCGCAUGCCUGAGAAGAUCAUGCAAGGCGUCCUCGAGCUGGAUAUAAAUGGCAUCAAGGACAAGGCCAGCGGCGCCCAGGCAGAUGGCAAGGAGAAGCCAGGAACCACGGGGCCAGAGGCCAAAGAUGCUGCCGAGGUCGAGGAGGCGGAGGAACAAGUAGAGCUAGGUUCGGACUACGAAGAAGUCGAGGUCACAGAUGACGAGGAUGAAGAGCACGAGGGCGGAGAGGCUGAAGGCGACGACCAACAUCCCUCAAAACGCCAACGGACCGAAGACCCCGCUGAGGCCAUGGCCGCCGAGUUCAACGAAGACGAUAUAGCCGACCAAUUACGAGCAAUGGGCGAGGAUUACGGUCUUGAUCCUGGCGAGUACGAUGACGGGAAUCCGGAUGCCUGGCCUGAGGGCGCCGAGGGCUUACCCUUUUCCGACGCAGAUGCGCGAGAGCUGUUCAAGGAUCUGCUCAACGACUACGGCACCAACCCAUACUCACCUUGGGAGAAGCUGAUCGAGGAGGGGCGCGUUUUCGAUGAUGCGAGAUACACCGUGUUGAGCACCAUGAAGGCGCGCAAAGACGUGUGGGAAGAAUGGAGUCGGGAGCGGAUUCACAUCCUCAAGGAACAGCGUGCCAAGGAAGAGAAGAAAGAUCCGCGGAUACCCUAUAUGGCGCUCCUCCAGCAAAAGGCGAGCCCAAAGCUGUACUGGCCUGAGUUCAAGCGGAAAUACAGGAAAGAAGGCCCGAUGCGUGACACGUCGCUCAACGAUCGCGACAGGGAGAAGUGGUAUCGCGAGUACAUCAACCGUCUGAAACAGCCGCAGGAUGCGCUGAAGAAGGAUCUGAUGGCGUUGCUGAGAGAGAUGCCAGCGCGGGCGCUCAACAACAAGGUCCUACUCGAGAGCCUCCCGAGCCAGAUGCUGGCCGACGUGCGCUACAUCAGCCUGGACCCCAAGACUCGCGACCCGUUGGUGGAGGCCUACAUACAGACGCUCGGACCGCCGCCAGAGGAGGCCGAAGCGGAAGAGGACGAGGCCUCGAGGAAAGCCAGGGAGGAUCGCAGGAAGAGGGAGAAGGCACUGGAGGAGCGCGAGCGUUCGGUGGCCGAGGAAAAGCGCAGGCAGAGGCGGCAGUUGGAGCAUGGAAAGGCGGCCCUGCGAGAAGAGGAACGAGAGCUCGAACGGGCCAUGCAGGUAGGGAAGAAGGGCUUACAGAGUCAGCUGAUGGCGGCUCAGGAGAAGAGCGGCGAAGUUCUAGUGACCAGCCCCUGA